CAGUGCUGGCUCACUCUUCAAGGGUUUUCCUGUGACUGGAUAUCAAAUAUUCACCAGACAGAUGAGUCUUGGCCAUGUGGUGUGGAGCAGACAUGUUAUAUUUGAUUAAUGAGGCUGUUGAGAUAACAAGGCUUUGCUGCGUGGUGCUUGGUUUAUCUUAAAGGCUUUUCUGAAUUUGGCACCAAGUUCCUGCAGGUAGGGUUGGUUAUCUCCUGCCUCCUGUGCUGCCCAAAUUGGAAAUGCAGGAUUUAUUAUUGCAGCAGAGCAAGGAGCGUUGUGCUGACGCUGUGCUCGGUGACUUUCUCCUCUUCCUGAAAGCUCCCGUGCUGCUGUUGUAAGAGAGAAGGAGGCAUUUGUUGUGGUUCACUCGAGAACAUUCAGUUCAAAAAUAGAACUGCAGGAGAGGGUUCACUUCCCAGAGGUUCAGUUUCAUCGCAGCGAUGGAUGCAGGCACGCGUCCAGGCGCGUAUGGAAAUCCGCCGGCUCCCAUUCCAGCACGGGCAAAACAAGCCCAAAUUGAUUGGUGACAUCUGAUCUGUGCCUCCUGCUUGUUUGUUUUCCAUCUUCCAAUAAGGCAGUGCACGUUUGCUCUGAGUUUUGGCUGAAGUGCUCCAGUUACCUUGCUUUGGUUGGGUUUGCGGGGAGAAAUUAAAGAGCUUCAGGAGCUGGAGGUUACUCGUUGGUCCUCGUGGUUUGAGAAGGUGAAGAAUGACAAAACCAGGAUUUCUUCUGCUUUUCUGCCCGUGAAUCAGCAAAAAGGGGGAAGAGGAAGAAGAGCUGGUUGUGGACAGUCCUUGCUGCUGUGCGUGGCAGCUCUGGAUGGUGCCAGCACUCGGUGACGGCGUCAUUGCCUCCGAGAAGGGGGGGCUGGCAGCCAACAGGCACUGGGACAUUCUGUGAUAGCCAGAGUGGGUUGUUAUCUCAAGACCUGAAGGCCACAUGUGAGCUUGGCAGAACUUCUUGAUCAAGUCCUACGUGAGCUGGUUGCUUGUUUAAUUCCAAAGGUCGUGUUGAUCAUGGACAGUGAAGAAAUCCCUACUUUUUCGAGUCCAAAGGAGGAAACUGCAUAUUGGAAAGAGCUUUCCUUGAAGUACAAGCAAAGCUUCCAGGAGGCCCGUGAAGAGCUGGCUGAGUUCCAGGAGGGAAGCAGGGAGUUAGAGGCUGAGUUGGAGGCACAGCUAGUGCAAGCUGAGCAGAGGAACAGAGAUUUGCAAGCAGAUAACCAAAGACUGAAAUAUGAAGUGGAAACAUUAAAGGAGAAACUGGAGCACCAGUACGCCCAGAGUUACAAGCAGGUGUCGUUGUUGGAGGAUGACCUGAGCCAGACAAGGGCCAUCAAAGAUCAGCUGCACAAAUAUGUGAGGGAGCUGGAGCAGGCCAACGAUGACCUGGAACGUGCCAAGAGGGCAACAAUAGUUUCAUUGGAAGACUUUGAGCAAAGGCUGAACCAAGCUAUUGAGAGAAAUGCAUUUUUAGAAAGUGAACUGGAUGACAAAGAGUCAUUGCUGGUCUCUGUACAGAGAUUAAAGGAUGAAGCAAGAGACCUACGGCAGGAGCUGGCUGUGAGGGAAAGGCAGCAGGAGGUGACCCGGAAAUCAGCACCCAGCUCCCCCACUCUGGACUGUGAGAAGAUGGAUUCAGCUGUCCAGGCCUCUCUCUCCUUGCCAGCUACACCCGUUGGAAAAGGAUCAGAAAAUAGUUUUCCUUCCCCAAAAGCUAUACCAAAUGGAUUUGGUACCAGCCCACUCACUCCUUCAGCUCGAAUAUCUGCACUCAACAUUGUGGGAGAUCUGCUACGCAAAGUGGGGGCCUUAGAAUCCAAAUUAGCUGCUUGCAGGAAUUUUGCAAAGGACCAGGCAUCACGGAAAUCCUACAUUUCAGGGAAUGUCAGCAGCGCCGUGAUGAGCAGCAACGGCACAAAGUACCCACACCCGGGGCACACGUCCUUCUUCGACAAGGGGGCAGUGAACGGCUUUGACCAGGGGCCCCCCGGCCUGGGGGGCUCCCGACCGUCCUCGGCGCCGGGAAUGCUCCCCCUGAGCGUAUGAGCCCCCAGGGGCUUGGACUUGGAUGCUUUUCUCAGCCCGCCUCGAGAAGAACUGCUCCUGAUUCCUCCCCAUUCCCACCCCGCUGGAACAUGACCCUGAGAGGAGACCCCGAGCCCACGGCCCUCCAUGUCCUGUCAAUACAGUUUGUUUUCUGCUGUCGCUGUAGUGGACGUUCUCUGCCCCGGCCCCACGAGCUGCCACCCUCUGCUGUGCUUGGGGACAGAGUCCUGCUGUGCUUGGGGACACCGAGUCCUGCUCUGCCUGGGGGACAGGCCCAGCCUCGCCCCCUUGGCUUUCCCUCUCCUCUCACUUAGGUCUGGCAGAGCCCUGGCCGCUCCUCUCACAGCCUCCCCUGUCCCUGUCCCCUCCCAGGCCCUGCAGCUGCUGCUCUCAGACCUCGUGGAAGUGCCCUGGGCAGGCCAGUGGUGGCCCUGGGGCCAUUUGCCCUUGGCAGCCGGCCCCAGGUCCUGUCUCAGGGGCAGUCAGAGCAGCUCCAGCCUGGCCAGGCCGUGCCAUCCUCGCUGGGCACACCCAGAGCCAGGCUCUGUGACCAUCCCUGCCCCCCAGAGGGGCCUGGCAUGGCUGAGCUGUUCUGCCUGCCCUGGUGCAGGGGUGGGCAGGGCUGUGUCCCGGGGCUGUGCCCUCAGCUGGCCCCAGGGCUGCCCCACAGCUCCCUGGCCCUGCUGGACUCGGCCUCCGUCCCCCACCCCACACACAGCGACCCCAUGGGAGCUUUAGGAAGCUGCUGCUCCCCCUGGCCCCAAGAGCCCCCUGCCCAUCACCCCCUGUGCUGUAGGACUGGACUGUGCAGCCUCACCUGAGGGCUGCUGUGACAGUUUGGGGCCACUGAACCUUGUGGGUCUUUCGAGCAACACAUCUGUGUGGUUUCUCUGUCCAUGUGCCUCAGAGUCAGUGGAUUUUUAGACUGAACCAGCAAAUGGAGCCAGGGCUGGAGUUGAGGGUUCAGCAGUCGUCGUUCAGGGGCUCUGCAGCUCCCAGGUGGUUGAGUUACAAAUGCUGAGAAAAAAACCCCACUGGCCCAGCAGUGGAGGUGGGAUUGUCCCUUUGCCAUUAGGGUUUGUAUGGUCCUUCCUUCCUGUGCAUCCUCUGCUGCAUUUGACUGUUUACAUUUGUUUUAUUGUACAUAGAUUUGUAAACAUAAUACCUUUGCCUGAGGUCUUUGUACAUAACUUGGGCUUUGUAGCUUUAUUUAUUCAGCCUCUCUCUGGCAUGUUUCCAUAGGAUGUACCGUUCCACCCUGGUGCCACUGACAUGAUGUGGUUUCAAAAGAAUGAAAACAAAUGAGAGUAAUCUUCCAAAAAUAAAGUUCUUUUAAUGUGGAAUCUGUGGAUUUUGCAGAA